UCAGAAAAAACAAAAAAAAAAAAAAAAAACUCACUAGCUAAAUUUAAAUCUAAUAGAAAGGAAAAAUGGCUCAGCUUCAACGGGUAAAAGGUCAAGCAGAUCUGAAGUCUAACGCAGACAAGUUCUUUGAUGUUUGGUCUCACAAACUACACCUUCUAUCCACCCUGUGCCCUGAUAAAUUUCCCAAAGUUGAGCUGAAUGAGGGGCAAUGGGGUAAGGUUGGUGCUGUUUGUACUUGGACUUAUCAUUGCAAAGAUAUCGGUGAACACGCAUUUGUGAAGACAAGAAUUGAGGAGUCCAAUGAAGAAAAGAGAUAUUUCAAGUACAGCUAUCACGAUGGAUUGAUUCUGAAAAACUACUACAAGACUUUUAAGUCAAAGUUCCAAGUAGUUCCAAAGGAAGAGGGUUGUAUUGUGAAGUGGAGGUUUGAUUAUGAGAAAAUGAAUGAAAAUGUUCCCGAACCAAAUAUGUACAUCGACUUCCUGCUUGGCACUGCAAAAGAUGUCGAUGCUUGUCUUUGCAGUGCUUGAUUGCAUUUGAUAUGCAUGCAAUACUCGGGCAAUUAAUUUCUUGCCUUACUUCAUUACUAUUAAUAAAUGGCAUCGGCAUGCCAUACUAUGUUGCAUACACAACUAUGCAUCAGAUGAUUAGAACUUUGGUGUGUAUUUAUAAAAAAUAUUACUACUAUUGUUAUUGUUAUUAUUA